GCUGGGUCCUUGUGCCCUCAGGCUGGUGGCCACGUCUCCCGGAAGAUGGAUCCGGGUAGCCCUGCCUAGCCCGCGGCCUGGUGGCACUGCAUCCCCUGCCACGACUGCCGGUUUCCCCACCACCCGAUCUUAUUCCUUGUCGGUUUGGGCCCGAGUCUGAAAGCCUGGCUCCACACAGCGAGGCGGGGGGCCGGGACAAAGCGAGGCUGAGGGGUGAGCUUUAGAAGACCAUCUUUGACUUCCAUUAUGUCUUGGCUUGUUGACCUGGCUGGAAAGGCAGAGGACCUUCUUAACAGAGUAGAUCAAGGAGCUGCGACUGCUUUAAGCAAGAAGGAGAGUCCAGGCAAUGUAACUUACAGCAAUAGCCACUUAGAGGAUGCCAGUGAAUAUCCAGGACGGUACCUUCAAACUCAAGAACAGCAGUAUCACACAUCUUCUAAAUUGAACUUUAUUUCCUCGGCUGCAGAUAACAUUAAACAGUCAAAAGCAUCUAUCCUGGCUGGAUCUGCUAAUGUGAAAGUGACACCUCGGACAUCAGUGGAAGCACCAUUGCCUGCAGAGGCACCUAGGCCAUCUUCUCAGUUUGUGAGGAGGAAAAAGUCUGAACCAAAUGAUGAACUACUGUUCAACUUUCUCAAUAGCUCUGAAAAAGAACCAAAUGGGAAAAAGGACCUUAAAAGAGAGAAAAGCAAAACAGCUGCUGCUCAAAGUCAUUCUCGGACUUCAAGCAUGAGCUCCAUGUCAGCAAGUUCACAGAAUGUGAAAACUGGGGAAGAUGCUUCUGUUCGGGGUCCAGGCGAUGAGACUCCUGACAGUUCCAGUUCUGGACUAGAGACUGAUGUGGAUGUUAAAAAAGAUUCAUCACAGAGUACAGAAGCUAAUCGUACCGUCAUACCCACUGAUAGCAGAUCUCAUGAAUUGUCCAAUCUUCGCCUUGAGAACCAGCUUCUUCGGAAUGAAGUGCAAUCUUUAAAUCAAGAAAUGGCAUCAUUAAUUCAGCGAGCCAAAGAAACCCAGACAGAGUUAAACAAUGCCCGAGCAAGAGUCGAAAAGUGGAAUGCGGAUAAUUCGAACAAUGACAGACUUGUUCGAGAACUUCAGGCUCAGGUUGAUGAUCUGACUGAAGCAGCUGCUGCCAAGGAUUCCCAGUUGGCUGUCCUGAAAGUUAGGUUACAAGAAGCUGACCAGCUUCUGAAUUCACGGAAUAAAGCUCUGGAAACACUACAGAAUGAAAAAACACGGAUAAUUCAGGAUAACAGUGAAGGGAAUAGCCUCCACAAUCAAGCUCUCCAGACCCUUCAAGAGAGGUUACAUGAUGCAGAGUCCGCCCUGAGACGGGAACAAGAAAGCUACAAACAGAUGCAGAAUGAGUUUGCUGCACGUCUCAGUAAAAUGGAAGCAGAACGUCAGAACUUGGCGGAAGCAGUGACGGCAGCUGAGCGCAAGUGUGCAGAGGAAAAGCGGAGAGCAGACGAGUGCCAGCAGCAAGUGAAAGGAUCUAAAGCUAUGUUGGAGGCUGCUAAGCAAGAGCUGGUGGACUACAAACAGAAAGCCACACGCAUACUCCAGUCAAAAGAAAAGCUGAUCAACAGCCUGAAAGAAGGCUCCGGUAUUGAAGGACUGGAUAGCCAAACAGCAAGCAUCAUGGAGUUGGAAGAGCUGAGACACGAGCGGGACAUGCAUAAGGAGGAGAUGCAGAUCCUGCGGGGCCAGAUACAGCAGCUAAGAACGGAACUGCAGGAUAUGGAAGCACAGCAGAUAAAUGAAGCAGAGUCCACAAGAGAACAGAUUCAGGAUCUGCAAGAUCAAAUUCUGACACACAAAACUGCCAAACAAGAAGUGGAGGCUGAACUUGAGAGGCAGAAACAGGAGCUCCAUUAUGCUGAAGAAGAACUGUACCGGACAAAGAAUACUUUGCAGAGCCGAAUAUCAGACAGAGAUGAGGAAAUUCAGAAACUGAGAAAUCAGUUAACGAACAAAACCUUGAGCAGCAGCAGUCAAUCAGAGUUGGAAAAUCGGUUGCAUCAGUUGACAGAGACACUCAUUCAGAAGCAGACCAUGCUGGAGAACCUCAGCACAGAAAAGAACUCCUUAGUCUACCAGCUGGAGCGGCUGGAGCAGCAGCUGAAGACUGUCCAAGGCCCUUCAACAAAUGGUCCCUCCAUUAAUAUGGCGGGCAUUGACAGUGGUGAAGGCACUCGCAUGCGAAAUGUUCCAGUCCUUUUUAGCGAUCUUGACGUGAAUGCAGCAGGCAUGUAUGGCAAGGUCCGCAAAGCUGCCAGCACCAUAGACCAGUUUAGCAUUCGACUUGGGAUCUUUCUACGACGGUAUCCCAUUGCAAGGGUAUUUGUAAUCAUUUAUAUGGCAUUGCUUCACCUCUGGGUCAUGAUUGUUCUACUUACCUACACCCCAGAAAUGCAUGAUAGCCCAAGUGGGAAAUAAAACAUACUACUGGAAUCAGAGCACCAUACUCAUAGGGUUAACGAAGCCUUCAUCGUCAACAAGAAGAGCAAAAAAGCAAUUUAUAAAGACUCAUUGGAAGGCAGAGCUUUUGACAUAAAAAAGUAGGACAGCCAUUGCAUCUGUUCUCUCACUGCUUUGGCAAACUAAAAUUCUUUGGCAGGUGAUCUAAAUUAAGUAUAUUUUCCUUCCGUGAAACAGAAGUAAAUUCUAUGGGAAAAAAGUGACUGAAGACGCAAGCUUAUGUAUGUUUAGAAAGAGAAGAGUCCAGCAAUUUCCUGCAUUCCCCAGCCAGCCUGGGGAAUGCUGGGAGAUCUAGGAUUUGUUUUCAGUCUAAACUUUGCAUAACAUGGAAUCCUAAGUGAAGUGUAGCCUCUUUUCUCUCUUUAUCAUUCUGUUAGUGGUACACAAACAUUGACAUAUGUAUACCUGUAGAGAAUUACUCUGUUUUUUAAGAGCGUAGAUGUAUAUGAUACAUACUGUAUUUUUGAUCUGACAGAAAAUGGGCUGUGAUCAGGGAAAUUAACUGUACUUAGGAGCUGAAAUAAAUAUUUGUUUCUGUUCUGUUCUUUGCCUUUUAACUCUGUAAAUAUACAUAUUUAACUUUCCUUUAACUUGUUCAUAUAUCACAGAACUGAGAGCUACUUGGCAGAAUUAUUUUUUUCUGUAAAUAGACUUAAAGACAAAUAAAAAUAUAUUGUGCAUUGGUUUAAUUUUGCUCCUUUAAAAUUUCACAAAUGUAUCUUCCAAAGUAAUACAGAAAACUGGUAUUUCAAUGCAUAUUUUAACAGUAAUGUAUAUUAGUGUACAUACAGAACUUUAAGACCAAGUGCCUUGUCUUUUGCACCUGACAUUGCCUAUUAGUUGCCUUAUUACAUCUUUCUUGUCUUUACAUUUUCAUGGUAUCCAUCUUAACAUUUUGGGCAUUUAAUAGCGAUUUCAUUUUUAUUGACUUGUGAAUUCCAACUAGACUCAGUUACAUUAAUCUGUAAAGGGUUCAUUGUUAAGGGAGCUGCCAGAUGACAAUAAAAGCAGCAACCCAACUCAA